AUGCGCGAUCCACAUGCCCAUGCCGCAAGAAGAAGGCUGUUUGCCCGACCCUUCAGCAACACCAGCUUGAGCAGCAACUGGGACGUGGAGAUUAGGACGAAAGCAAACCUAGCUGUCCAGAGAAUUCGACACGACGCAGUGGGUUCAUCGCAAGGAGCCGAUGUCCUCAAAUGGUGGACGCUCAUGGCGAAUGAUGUAAUCGCUCACCUCAGCUUUGGAGAGAGCUCCGAAAUGCUUGAGAUGGGUAAGCAAACACCAUACAUCGAUGCUAUUCAGGCUGCGCUUAUUUGCGGUAUCAUUCGGUCCGAAAUUGGAACUACCAUCUGGAAACUUCUCAGUUACCUCCCCAUCAAACGGAUAAAGUUUCUCUACUCGAUCGAUGAUGUCCUAAACGAACACGGCGAGUGGGCGAUACAGAAGAUGCGCAGUGAGGGUGGCAAUGCCAAGAAUCUCUUCAAUCAAAUGAUGGCUGCUGGGGAAGACAGCAAGACUGCCGCGCUUUCGAAUAAACAUAUAAGGGAGGAAGCGGCCGGCUUCAUUGUGGCCGGAUCGGACACUACCGCGGUGACGCUCACCUAUCUCGUCUGGGCGGUUCUCAAGCAGCCCGAUCUGCAGUCUCGACUCGAGAACGAGAUUGCAGAACUCAGCGAGGAGCUUACGAAGGAAGAGCUCGAGACUGCGCCUCUAUUGAACAGCGUCAUCGCAGAGACGUUGAGGCUUUACGGCGCUGCUCCUGGCGCCCUACCUCGGGUUGUACCGAAACAGGGCACUGUCAUAGGCGGCCAUCACAUCCCCGCGGAUACCGUGGUCAGUACUCAGGCUUACACAAACCAUCGCAAUCCUUCCGUCUUUCCCAAUCCCCACGAAUUUGACGGUCUUCGCUUUUUGGACAAGAGCAUGAUGUCAGCACAUCAAAAGGCGUCAUACAUGCCCUUUGGAGCUGGCUCGAGGGUGUGUAUCGGCAUACAUCUGGCUUAUAUGGAGCUCCGCUUAGGAGCUGCUCUCUUCUUCCGACAUUGUCGCGGCGCCAGAAUCUCCGACUCCAUGAACGAUGAGAUGAUGGAGAUGGACAACAACUUCUUGAUUGCUCCCAAAGGUCAUCACUGCUAUAUCACCCUGAGAUAA